UUGGUUUUGAGUUAUAAACUUACAUGGUGUGUUUUUCUCUUUCAUUCCAAACUAAAUACGUUUCCGCAAACGAUCAUAUUUUUUAACAAAACAAACAGUGCAAUAUUUAAUGUUAUCAUCAUUUUAAAGAUGUUUAGAUAUGAUGAGAUUGUAUAACUGUUCAAAAACAGAUCAUGUUGAAAAUUUUGUUUCGAUUUUGGUUCUUCGUAAGAUAUUUGUUUUGGAGGACGAUGCAGUAUUUUCAUCCACUCCCCUUAGCAUGUCCCGGUAAGAACGAAAGACAAAAACUACUUCCGAAACAGCAUUCCAAAAGCGGAUGUCCUAUUGCAGCUGAAGUUAGUAUAUGUGACAUAUGGAAUACCACACGGACACAGACGUUUGCAAAACAACUUCAAAUGUUUUUGAAAACAGAGAUGAUUUCUGUGAAAAGAACAUACAGACAGGAAACUGCUUCUAAAUCAAUACCUUGCGUAGUUCUUUGCCUGCGACAGUCAAGACUUAUGCCCGAUGUGGCUUAUUCUCUUACAGAUGUUGAAGAAAAAUGUUACAGACACAUUAUAUUGGUGCUUAUGCAUUUCAAGGCCGACGAUAAAAUUGAACAAGCCGUCGAUCUGCAGAAAAGCUCAAGAGUGUAUCUAAACAUGACAAUACUUGACUGUUUUUUACAAGAAACCCUAUCUAAUAUAGGUGAAAUGAACAAAAGAAUUCUGGAAGCAAUAUUAACAAUUGGAUUUCAGCAACAGAAGAUGCAUACUAAACACUGAACACAGCAAAAAUAUAUAAAAAUGACAUCAAAUUCAUGUUAAGGAGGUCGUAUACCUUAACAUUUGUAUAUGUGCAUGUCCAGCCAGAAGCUAAUGUAAGGAUUUACGACAAUGUUUGCGACUAAAUAAAUGUAUUUAUUCUUCUGAAACUGUCUCUGGCCUGAUGCUGAAUGGUUAAAUAAUGCUGAAAUAAUAAACAAAUUACCGUAAAAGUGCUACAAAACACUUUGCGUUAAUAUGACGUCAUCGGCGUCAUGACGUUACGUGUCAGUUACCCCACAAAAUUAAAAGUACGUAAUUCAGAUUUUUUAUUUGAGCUUUGAGACAGCCAUUAUUUGCCGAAGUAUUUCGUGAGUCUUUCGCUUUGAAUAAUGAUAAAUAAUUUGUGGCUUUUAUUACUUACGCGGAAUGUAAGAAAAUGUAUUUGGGUGCAAAAAAACAAAGACAAAUAUCAAACAGGGAAUGCCACGUACCAAUAACGCAGCCUCUCCAAAACGAAACCCACAGCACGCAGACGCGUGCACCACAAACGCACACACACACACACACAUACACGCGCACACACACAAAAGAUACUUCUCAUCUUGACA